CUUCUGUGGUGGUGGGCGUGUACAAACAGUUCGCUUCUAGCUGCAAGCUACAAUGACAAAUAGCAUUAGUGACUAUAGUAAGCUACAUUUUUAUCGUCUGGCUGUUUCUUGGUAGCACAGACACUGUCGAGGUUAACGCGAAAUUAAACCGUGUUUGCGAGUGUUUAGCUACAUAGAAAGCCCUAUAACGUUAUAGCGUUUGAGCUAGCUAGUUAAUCUUUAAGUUACCAAUGAGCUAAGACACGCGAGACAAGUGACUUUAAUGGACAACGGUGAUUGAGCUUGCUAGCUAGAAAGAUAAAUCUUGAAAGCCUCAACACCCAUAACGUAACAUUCAUUGAUGUUAAGGUCCAUAAUUUGAUGUAUAUCGUUUUCGGAUCUCGCCAGUGUUAUAUUUAUUGCUGCGUUUCGAUCUACCAAGAUGUAUGGGAUGUCGGAAUGACAGGAAAAUGGCAAACGGGGUUGGAAAACACAAGCUACUUGUCAUUGGACCAAUAGAGCCAUGGUCAGUGAGGGAGAAGCUGUGUUUGGCCACAUCUGUUAUGAAGAGUGGAGACCAGAACUGGGUAUCUGUCAGUCGAGCCAUCAAGCCAUUUGCAGAACCCGGGCGACCACCUGACUGGUUCUCUCAAAAGCACUGUGCCUCCAAGUACUCUGAGCUCCUGGAAACAACAGAGGCCCCAAAGCGGAAGCGUGGUGAGAAAAGUGAAGUGGUGGAGACAGUGGAGGACGUGAUAGUACGCAGGCUGACAGCUGACAGGAUUGAUGAACUAAAAAGGUUGAUCAAAGAAACACAGGAGAAGCACAGGAAGCUGAAGAGAGAGGCUGAACUGAUUCAAGCAGGACGUCUAGAUUCCAAACUAGAAGAGUUAUGGGAAGAAGUUCUGCAGAAGGAGAAACUGGAGGAGGAAGAAACAGAGUUGAAAAGAAAAAACACAAAUGCUUCUUAUCAGGCCAGACAGGUGGCAAAGAACACACCUAAGCGAGUGCCAAACAUCACCAUGCAUUCACCCUCAGACUGUAGCUCCCCAAGCAAGGAGUUCUCACCAGGUGACCCACUCGAGUGUUUGACACUGGCUCUUGGAUCAACAAAAAAUCUCGCUCGACCACCGCUGCUCUCAUGUUCUUUUUCUGGCUUGUUAAGCCGGGGAGGAGGGGCCAACUUGAACGCUGUGUGUUUAAAAACAGCUUCAGGAUCAGCCAGAUUAAUGUCAAUUGCUGAGUCUUCUGGACCCGGUAAUGAUGACAUCAGCCACGGGUCACUUCUGGAUGACCCCACCCAAAAGAAGCUUCUGGGCCAGAAAGCCACACCACCACCAUCUCCGCUCCUGUCAGAGUUAUUGAAGAAAGGCAGUAUCUUGGCCACAAAUUCCAGACUGAUUGGGGAGGGUGACGUGACCACCGGUAAUAUGACAGCAGCAAAUGACUUGCAGCUGGCUCCGCCUAGCCAACCUCUCUCUCAGGCAACAGGUGCCCCGAUGUUAUCCCGUCUCCUGGAGGCAAGUCCAACCCAGUUUUCUGCUCCGUUAGGUUUCAUGGUCAGUGCUGACUCGGCCUCCAGUGCUCCUCUCUCUGCUGCCACUUCUGUGCCUGUUGACUCUGCUGCAAGUACAGAGAUGGAUGUUAUGGUGCCAUCUUUGCCCCCUGGAUGCCAACUUGUCUCUGCAGAGGAUAAAGUGUCAGAGCUCAGUGAGGAGGAUGUGUCUGGGUCCUACAUGGGGGAUGAGCUGGACCUGAAGACAGUGGGGGACAUUAUUGCCAUCAUUGAGGACAAGGCAGAUGAGAUUGUAGAGGCUUUGGAUGCAGCUGCAGUUGAGGCUGCGCUGUCACUGUGUGAGGAGAACGGCCAUGCUUUGUCUGGUGCCUGGGAGGCUGGGCCUUUCCAGCCCCAUGAGUCUCACCCUGCAGUACCCACAGGGGACCCACAGUCCUUGUCUUUUCACAGUUGUCUGGAGGGGAAGACAGAAUUGUUAGAAGUUCAGCGUGGGACUUCAGCUUCACUCUCCUCUGUUUGCAACAGUCAAGAUAACGGUCUUGCAGCAUUCCCAAUGGGACUAAGGGGCCUUCCCCCCACCUCCUCAUCCUCACGCAGCUCAAAGAGUUUGGAGCACUGCCACACUGCAGCACCUCCACAACCUGAGGCCAUGAGAGAGACUGGAGGGUUGGCACACCAGAAAAGCCAAAUUUCAAGGGGUGUUACUAUAAAAUGUGAGAGUAAGAAGUGGCCACAGCAAAGACCUGAAAAACCCCAUGGAGACUCAGUGUUAGAAGAUAGCCCACUGACAGAAAGGCAUCCCAAGGAGAUGAAAGCGGAGGAUGGAAUUAGCGCUGGGGGAGGAGAGAAUGCCUCGGGGACUAAAGUGUACAAUGAGCUCAAUGGGCCAGACGUGUGUGGAGAAGAAGAUGGUGAUGGGGUGGAGGGAUUCUUGUCAGAGCCAGACGGCGAGAUGGAGCUAGAACCUGCGGCCAGCGAGAGCGAGGAUGGAUACAGCCUCCAUACGGCCUCCUCAUCUCUACAGCUCCACACAACCGCAGACUCCAUCCCCAGCAGCCCUGCCUCAUCGCAGUUUUCUGUGUGCAGUGAGGACCUGGAAGCUCUACAAGCUCACAAGAUCUGGAAGAAAGCCAUUAUGCUGGUGUGGCGUGCAGCGGCCAAUCACAGGUAUGCAAAUGUCUUCCUGCAGCCAGUAACAGAUGAAAUUGCACCUGGGUACCACAGUAUUGUGCAGAGGCCCAUGGACCUUGCCGCCAUAAAAAAGAACAUUGAGACUGGUGUGAUUCGGACCACUGCCGAGUUCCAGAGGGACAUCAUGCUGAUGUUUCAGAAUGCGGUCAUGUACAACAGCCUGGAUCAUGACGUGUACCACAUGGCUCUGGAGAUGCAGCGUGAUGUCCUGGAGCAGAUCCAGCAGUUUCUGGCUACCCAGCUUAUCAUGGAGACGUCAGAGUCUGGUAUCAGCGCCAAGAGCCUGAGGGGCCGUGAGAGCACACGCAAACAGGACUCUACUGACAAGGUGCUUCACUAGAAUUUUGACAAAAGCAGAGAGUACAGAAGAAGAGACAAGGGAUGGAGGCACCAGGGGGCGCCGUUGUGCCAUAGAAGCUGACCUCAAGAUGAAGAAAUGAACAAACAGUAUAUGGACAGUAUACAAUAGUGUCGCUGGGUUGAAGUGAAAGGUGUGAAACCACAAAACUGAACUUAUUCUGUCAGUUGCACCGAUUCUCACUCUGCAUAAAAUGCAGUAUAACCUUAUUUGCACUCUAAAUUAAAUAGAUAGACUGUGAUAUGGAGAAGCUUAUUUCCUCUGAGACAGCCAUACAGACAUGGAUUACAAACUGUAUAAUCCCAGAUUACAGUGGUGCAGAUCACUUAGGCUUAGCCUGCUCUGAAUUACAUCAGGUUGUAUAAAUGAAGAUAAAAGUUACUCUCAAAUUAAACCUGCAUGAGUUUUGGUUGAACUUAAGAUUAGUGUGGUUGAUUUCGUGAAAACAUACCAUGUUGGUGAUGAUAUGUUAAACCAGAGGCCAAAGAGUCUGAUUAAUUUAGAAAUUGUAAAUGGUCAUACUACUUUCAAACAGAAACAUUUUCAUUUUUUGUAUGGGAUCAUUUGAGUUUUAUUUUUUAGUUUUCUAAUUUUAAAAACUUUUAGAUCAUUUUUAAAUAUGGCUGUAUUGUUUGUGCCUAAUUGAUUUCAUCUAGGAUAGACUUCCUGUGAACCAGUACCGACAUGCAUAUUCUUAGUCAAUUUUAGUAUUUUUGAGAAAACGUCAUGUUAUUAAACUGUUUGGUGGAAAGGUUUAAACAAUAAAUCUUCAUUGAACCACCAACCCACCACGUUCAGCUUGAAUUUGCCAUUUUUCUACGAUUCCAACACAAAACACACCACAGCAGUAACCAUGACAGAUUGCUGAUAUCUUGCUGCUGAAGAGCUGUCAAAUCAAAAAUGUUCAUGGCUUGACUUUCCCAUGGGAAAUUUAAAUAGUUAGCAUUUCAUAUCCUUAUUUUUCUAAAUCUGUCUGCUUUGCCUAAUUCCUGAAAUUAAUGAUUAAUGUAAUGUGUCAGUAGUGAAAAGCAUGCAGAUCUUUUCAGGAAUGAGUUUUUUUUAAAGAUUAUUUUUUGGGGCUUUUCCCUUUAAUGACUGGAUAGACCGGAAAGGGGGAGAGAGAUGGGGGAUGACGUUCAGCAAAGGGCAGCAGGUCGGAUUUGAACCCGCACCGCUGCAGAAGCCAACAUGGAGCGAAUGCUCUUACUGGGUGAGUUAGAGGCCGUCCCCAGGAACGAGUUUAAGCAGCAGUGGCAACAUGGCAUGAAGCUGUUAAGAAUAACACAAGCAUUACAAGAUAAAUAUUUUAAACAGUGUUGUUUCCUAACCUCUGUAACUAUUGUUACAUAGCGAUGGCUACACACAAACAGGAAACACCAUCUUUUACAAAGCUCCCACUCUGGUAUAGGACCGUUGAUAAGGAAGGGUUUUGCAUUUGGCUUUUGUUUAGUCACGUUUAUUGUUAUGUCAAUUGACCUGAUUAAUAAAAAAAAAAAAAUUAAAACAUAUUCAUAUUUUUUUUUAUUAAACCAGAGCUACCUUGUGUACAGGAUACCACAUUGUUGCUGUUGUCAACUACCACUUUGUCCUUGCACAUUUCUGUUGAGCAUGCAAAUACAUCGUGUUUGUUUUCAUUAUGACCGUGUCCACUGACUUAAGUAAACAGUUAGUUUU